AUGGGCAAGAAAGGUGCCCUCACCUCCAUCUUCUCCAGGUCCUCCAGCCUCGCUAGCGACUCCUCCACGGCGGCCGUGAUACCCUGGCCGUGGCCAUCCUGCCGGGACCCGCAGACCGACUCCUUCCGUGCCGGCGAGGAGCCCUGCGCCACGGCUGCUGAUGGCAGCAGGUGCGGCCCUGUCGCCGCGAGGCACUGCAAGCUGGUGGGUGGCCCCGCCGAGAUGUACAAGACGGUCAACUCGGUCUACAUCGACCCCGACGACGGCGAGUCAUUCUCUUGCCUCAGCGCCGAGGAGGAGGAAACGGUUGUAGUGGAGGACGACGGCUUCUUGACGCCCACUGCGUCCGAGGAGUGGUCAGAGGCUGUGAUCCGCAGCCUCAGCCGGACGACCUCGUCCACCGGCCGCUUCUUCUUCGACCAGGGGCCAGCGACCAACUCCAUCCUGUCUGCGGCGGCGGCCUCGACAACCGGCAGUACACCACCGGAGGAGGAGAAUGACAAGUCGGCGGCGGCCUCGACAACCGGCAGUACACCACCGGAGGAGGAGAAUGACAAGUCGGCGGCGCUGUCCAAGAACGAGAAGCCAGGAGAUGGUGGCAAGUCGCUGGUGGUGGAGGAGAGCGUGGCGGUGCCAGUGGACUCGGCGGACCCGUACGGGGACUUCCUGUCGUCCAUGGAGGAGAUGGUGGUCGCGCACCAGCUGCGCGGCUGGGACGCGCUGGAGGAGCUGCUGGUAUGGUACCUGCGGGUGAACGCCAAGAACCACCACCCACUCAUCGUCAGCGCCUUCGUCGACCUGCUCGUCCGCCUCAGCGCCAGCGCCACGGCAAACACCUCGACGACGACAAGGACGAUGACGUCGAGUAGUAGCACCAGCAGCUCGAGCAGCAGCACGAGCAGCACGAGUACUACAAGUAGCAGCACGAGUACGAGUACUGGUGGCGACGGUGUGGUUGUUAGUGCUACAUCAGCAACGGGACAAUGCGACGGCGGGAAUGAAGCUUCUGCGUCUUGCUCGUCGUCUUCUUCGUGCGCCCCGCGUGACGACGACGAGGCCAGUCGUGGGGAAGACUAG